AUGGAAAAUAAAUUAAAUGUAACAUUCAUAACUCUUGGUGGAUACGUGGAAAUGGAGAAAUACAGAUAUGUUUAUUUUGUGAUUUUAUUCAUAGUAUAUAUUCUCAUAAUAUGCAGUAAUUAUGUUAUUGUGUAUCUUAUCUGGAUUCACCAAAACCUCCAUGAACCCAUGUACAUUUUCAUUGCAGCUUUGCUACUGAACUCUGUUCUUUUCAGCACGACUGUGUACCCAAAGCUUCUGACUGAUAUUUUAUCUGAUAAACUGAGGAUUUCAUAUCCUGCCUGUCUGUUUCAGUUUCACAUAUUUUACUCUUUAGGAGGUUCAGAGUUUUUACUGUUGGCAGCCAUGUCUUAUGACAGAUAUGUGUCUAUAUGUAAACCUCUACAAUAUCCAACCAUCAUGACAAAAACAACUGUUAAUUUGUUCUUAGUUUCAGCUUGGAUUCUGCCAGCCCCACAAAUGGCUGUUGCAACAAGUUUGAGUGCUCAUAAAAAACUCUGCAGGUUUACUUCAGAAGGAGUUUUUUGUGAUAAUACAAUUUAUAAACUUCAAUGUGUGGAAAGAAAAGCAGACAUUAUAUUUGAUAUGAUAGUUUUGCUGAAUGUUGCAGUUGUCCCUGUGCUUUUCAUACUUUUCACAUACACCAGGAUAUUUUUAAUAACCUAUCGAAGUGGCAGAGAAGUCAGAAAAAAAGCUGCACAGACAUGUUUACCUCACCUCAUAGUUUUAGUCAACUUCUGCUGUUUGUGCUCGUAUGAUGUCCUUACAGCUCAGCUGAAUUUGGACUUUCCAAAAACUAUAAGAUUAAUAAUGUCAUUACAGAUAGUAAUGUAUCACCCUCUCUUUAAUCCUAUCAUGUACGGACUACAAAUGAAAGAAAUUUAUAAACACCUGAAGAAGCUGUUUGGAAAAACACAGUAAUGUAUUGUUCUAACUGUUGUGCUUU